GAACACCAAAACAGUAUACUUGGGAAUACAAUGCAAACUGUAAUCGCCUUACUGAAUAACAUGGUUGCUAAUAAAAGCACGAACAUGAUGUUGCUCUUUGAAGAAGGACUGGCUCAUCACAUCUGUAAUCUCCUAAUAGAAACUGUGGCUCUGUACUUAGAGGCAGAUGAUAAAAGCAGCACGAAGACAGCAAAUGCACUGCUUCUGUCCUUGCUUGACAUUUUGCACUGUAUGCUGAUGUAUACAGCAAACAUUGUGCGCCAGGCUUUACAGGCACAGAAAUCUGGCACAGGAGGGGACACGCAGGCUGCUGAAGACCUUCUGCUUAUCAAUAAACCCCUGACGGACCUAAUUAGCCUGCUUAUUCAACUGCUUCCCACUGAAGAUACUGAAAUAUUUGAGAGUGCCUCACAGUGCUUAUCAUUGCUGGUUCAGCUGUAUGGAGGGAACAGUCAGGAGAGUAUGUCUCCAGAAAACAUGGACAGCUUUGCUGAAGUACUGAAGUCCAAAAAAGACACACGACAACUGAAGCUUUUGUUGAGAAUUAUAAAGAGACUGCUGAAGCCAAGACUGCAGAAGCGGCAGUGGUGUAAGCUAGGUGUAGGGUUCACUGCCCGAUCUGCGUGGGUGCAGUUUGACAGAACCCUUGCGUUCAUUAGAAUUGGCUUUAGCCAGCGGGGGAGGUCAUACGAGACCAUCAGGGUUGAAGUGUACCUGGGGGUGGUGGUCUCAUCAGAUCCAGCAAGGCGAGGACAGGCAGCUGCCUGGGAGCUGCGGGAAGAGGGAUCGGAGGGGCUUGCGAG